GGAGGUCCCCAGUGGAAGUCCCCAGCGGAGGACCCUUCUGUAGCCACCCCCUACACCCCACCGUCCACCCCUCCCUCCCCCUCCAGUGCGCUCAUCUCCAGAGCCCGGCCUUUCUUUGAGUCUUGGGUUUGGGGACUUGGGCCUUUUGGUCCGGUCUUGUUCCUUGUCCUGUCUACCUUACCUACCUUUCCUCACCUUUUACCUAUCUCUGGCGUCCCACUCCUGCUCGCUCACUCGCUCGUCCAUCUCCUUCUUAUUUGAACCUUCCCGCUGCCGUCACUACAAAGCCCCCCUCCUAACCUCUCUCGUUCCCGAUAGAUGGCCACUCUGUCGCAUCCUCCUCGGCCCACGGAUCCUCAGUCUGCCUCUACUCCCUCACGCUCUGAUAGCCUCGACCAAGACCAACGCUCCGCUUCCGCUUCAGCUUCAGAUUCCGCCUCCGCCUCCGCUGCAUCCCGCCCCUCACCUACGGAUCGCCCUCGUCUGCUCCAAGACACCGUCACCGCCGCCGCUUCUGCUGCUGCCGCUACUGCUGGAGCCACCACCGCUGCUCCUCCCGCCCACCCCCACUCCCACCGCCAUACUGUCUCGGUCUCGAGACUCAACCAGCGAUCGUCGACCAGUAUCUUCGCUCUCGCCGCUGCUGCCUUGGACAGGACCCAGAACGCCAUCGCAACCAUCGCUGAGCCCUCGAUCCGCCAUCGCUCGUCCAACAGCACCCUCUCGAGACUCUCCCUCCUGCCAAGCCCCAGCCCCGAGCCCUCCAGCCCGGACAGGAAACACCGCCUCAAGAGCGCCUCGAACCAAUCCCUCUUGUCCAGCGCCAACCUGGAUAGCGCCCACUCUUCCCAGCCGCCCUCGGCGAACCACCCGCUGUCCCAGCCCUACGCGACUGCAGACCCAAACCAACCGCCUCCCAUCAAGUCCUCCCCCGUGACGGCAAACAAGAUGCAUCAAACAUCCUCGCGCUUGUUGCGCAUGACGGACGAUGACCGGCCUUUCACAAGGGUAUGUACAACCGUUCUACAAUACUUACCAUGCCUCGCCGUUUCUGGUGCGCCGGUUUCUCUGCGGCCUUCCGCGCGGGGGCACGAGACGCCACCCUCUGAAACGCUGCUCCCGAACCCGUUCUCGCCUGAGCCAUGACUGACUUUGGUUGCACAAUAGGACUUCAAGGAUCUGUUUUCCACUCUCGUCGUCAGUCUGUUGCCGCUCUCGGCCCACCGCGUCCGAUUGACCAAGGUCGAGUAUACCUUCCUCUCCGAGGAUGCCAUCAACAACCUGGGAUCUCUCAAGUUCUCCCAGUCAAACCGCAUGCCCGAUCCCAAAGACCCCUCCCGUAUUGUCACCACCACCACAACUACCACCUUCUCCAUGGCUAAGGACAUGGCCCGCUCCAUCUGCCAGCGAUUCGUCGAGGCUCGCUUCAUUGAGUCUGCCGACGGCAAAUACCAGCAGGU